GUGGAUACGUGACACAAUGGCAGAUGUUUUAUAAAGUCUUCGAGCGUGAUGAUGCUAAACCCAUUUCAUAACAAACGGCCGACGCCCGUGGACGGACAGGGAUUUCCUGAUUGGCUUGUGGUCUAAAACUUGAAGAAGCUUUCCUCAGAUACCACAAACGUUUGUCAUGAACCUGCGUUCACAAUGAGGAGCUUGACUAAAAUCCUGUCUGUCUUCGCCAUUUUCAUCGCUGGAUACAACACAGAAAAAUGUGAACGAAUCAAAAUCGGAAACGAAUACUACAAGCGACAGCUAAUUGCGACUAUAGAUGGCUACCCAACAGGAAUGGUUAUAGACCCAAGAACCGACCACAUAUUCUUCAUCCUUCAUAAAAGAAACUACACUAAAGGAAUACAUCUACUAAAACAUGGAUCCUUAGGCAUCAAAGAACUGCCAGUUUCAGAUGAAUUACUUGGACAAUGUGUCGCUAUUGAUACUACCAACAAUAUUAUUUACAUUGGCACCAAUCAAGGCUUAGUCACAUACGAUUAUUCAAGAACAGAGAUCACUGCAGAAAGGCCGAUCGGAGACGAUGAUGUACGAAGUAUCUUCAUAGAUAAAACGGACAACCAAAUGUACAUAGCAACGGGAUCAAACCACGAAAUAUUCCGUUUUAUGAACGGGUCAGCUGCUGUGAAACGGUACGAUAAAAUUCCAAAAGCCUACAGCUUUAUUCUUGAUAGCAAAGGCAAUGCUUUCUACGAGUAUAUUGAUGGUAGACUGUAUUUCUUCUCCGUAGAUUUGUAUGAACCAAUUCAGUAUAAAGGUUUCACAAGAGAACUGAAAUACAUUCUACAAUUGAACAAUAACGAUGAAGCUAUAGUAGCUGUCAAAGGUUCCUUGUUCAGACUCUUUACUAAAAGCAUUUUGCCUGUAAAAAUAGGACAGUUAGGUUUCAAAAUCACCGGUCUAGCUUUCGAUCAUAAAAACAAUAUUAUCAUAGGUACUAAAGGAAAGAUUUAUAGGUACAAGCCUAUCGAUACAAAUGAUCCUUGUCCGGCUGAUGAUUAUUUCAUGUCAAGCAUUUAAUUGUGUUUUAUUUUAGACAAUUUUAGUUGCUCGAAGAUUUAGUUUACUGUUAGAUUAGAUACUCUAGUUAGCACGUUAUUAAGGUCGAGUCAAUCGCCUGCCAAUUUUCCUUUAGCAAUUAGUUACUGAUUUAAAUGUUUGCAUUAUUUUACGCAUGCAUAGUUAUUAAUUUGAGCAACUAAAUUUGUUUUUAUAGUGAUCUUUAUUGUCAUUGUUCCAAAAUUCUCAAGUUUAUCUUGUGCAUCAUCGAUUUCCAUUGCAUUUAGUUCAUUUUCAUUGUCAUAUCAUGCAUUAUUCUCAUCAUAUUUCAUAUUUUCAUCAUCGUUUUCAUGAAAAUCGUCUAUAACUGCCACUAUCUUACAAACACGCAUCCAUAUUUCAUUUUCAAUCACCCAUAUCAAAUACCCAGCUGUAUUAUCGUUAAAUUGACUGACAUUUCCUACGCUUCCGAUGUUAUAACUAAUUUUGAUUGAACCGUUUUCUGGUUUGUUUAGUUUUUUACUUUCUACGCUCCGUUUACGCACUUAUUAUCUAGGCAUUGAGGUGGAAAACCGUUUGUUAUUGUACACUCAUGAUUGAUUCGCCUUUUGUUUUUAAAAUAUUGCUUAUUCAAUUGUUUGGGUAUCGUCACCAUGUAUAGCCAAAUUGUGUUUUGUUAUGUCUGUCUGAAUCACGAGUUAAGUCAUGCUUUUGUCGAAUUCAUGUAGCUGUUGUUUUCUGUUAAUGUUUUUGUUAAUUGUAUUUUAAUUUCAACAAUGCCAUUUUACCGAAUAUAGACACCGUCAUAUUUCUAUUCGGUAAUGAUGUUUUAGUGUUCCUAUAAGCUUAAAUCAUAUCAUUCAUCUCUGAAACUAGCUAUAGAAAAAACAUUAGUUAAAAUCGUACCAUAGGUUUCUUUUUCUUUUGUCUAUUUUCAUUGUUUCAUUAAACUUGAGAUUUUUGGAAUAAAACAUGGUUAGACGAAACGGAAGUUACCGCACAUUUUUGCAUUUUUUCCUUAGUUUUAAAUGA